AUGGGGCAGCCUCAGUUCCUUGCCAGUAGCCAGGUGCUGGCACGGACAGACGCACACCCCAAGGGCUGCCCUGGCCUGCUAGGGAUAUGUGGGCUCCGACCCCUGAUGUAUGACUAUGAGUACUUAGAUAAUGUCGACGACACAACGCGCGUUGUGGGUGGCGCAGAUGCCAAGCCAGGGGCCUGGCCCUGGAUUGUCAGCCUUAAGCAUCCUGCUAUACCAGGCACAAGACAUCUGUGUGGAGGGUCUCUCAUCAGUACAGAGUGGGUCCUCACAGCAGCCCACUGCUUCGACCCCAUCAGGAAAUUUGGCAAUGUGUAUGUGGUGAUUGGGGCCACCCAGCUGACUAAACCAGGACCUGGAGCACAACUGCGCCGAAUUAAGAAGUUAGUACGUCAUGAAAACUACAAUAAAAAUGACAAGAGUAAUGACAUUGCCUUACUGCAACUGAGCAAGCCUGUUGAGUGCAACCCCUACACUCAGCUGGCCUGCGUGGCUGACCCCAGUCUAAGUUUGUCAGACCUGGAGAACUGCUGGGUGGCCGGCUGGGGUGCUGUCACUGCAAGAGCUCAAAACUCAAGUGAUAUCCUACAGGAGGCCAAGGUCCAGCUCAUCGAUCUCGAGCUCUGCAACAGUAGCCGCUGGUAUGCAGGGAAAAUCCACCCCCACAACUUGUGUGCUGGUUACCCAGAGGGCCUCAUUGACACCUGCCAGGGUGACAGCGGUGGGCCUCUCAUGUGCCAAGAGAAAAACAGCGACUACUUCUGGAUUGUCGGAGUGACCAGCUGGGGAAAAGGCUGUGCCAGAGCACAGCGACCUGGAGUCUACAUCUCCACUCAACACUUCUAUGAGUGGAUCCUGGUCCACCUCGGCCUGGAGACAAUUGAAAAUGCUUCUUGA